GGCUACAUCCCGCAUUACAUGAAACCUUCCAACUCCAAGAUGCCUACUUCAAGUUCCGACGAAACUUCCAGUGCAAACACAUUCAACUCGUUCGUCGAUAACACCACUUCUGGGAUCAUGACGAACAUAUCACUGACUCCUCGAGCUUCGCUCGAAUCGACCUCGGCCAUCACUCCUCCAUCCCAACAGCAUUCCAAUCAUCAUCAUGGUCCCCAUUCACCACCACACUCCCCGCCCCGGUCCCCUCCUGAUCAUGAACACAAACCGUCUUCCGACGACCAACAAGCCCACCAAGAAGACCAGCAAAAGGUCCAAGACCAAAUCACAGAACCAGGACAAGACCCAGAACAACAAGAACAAUCACAACCCCAGCAACAACAACCCCAUAAACAACACCAGCCCUCGCCAUCAACGUCAGAACCAUCACCAACCGACCCCAAACCCUCAACGGAAGCCAACAACAACAACAAAGGCAAAACCGCCCUAAACGAGUUCAUCACCCGUUCCCGCUCCUCGACCCUCUACACGCCCUCGGACAACGAGCGGGAUGAGCAGAUCCGCAUCGCCAUUCUGAUGCGGUGUCUGGACAUGGAGGAGCGGUUUCAGGUUCAGGCUGCGAAGUAUUGGGGUUGUUUGCAGUGAAAGGACGAGGUUACCUUACCGGAGGGGGAAAGGGGAGAGGGAUGUGGACUGGAUGUCGGUGGAUGUUGGUGGAUAUGAAGUAACAAGCAAAGACCGCAUUCUUGGGGCUUCUGUUAGCAGUUCAGAGGGUGACGAAUGGUAGGUAGUUCAUGUUUGAAGCGAAAGAAAAUAGUUUGGACAGUCUCGCUAUUUGUUUUGCGUUGUUGUCA